GAUGGUACCCAGUCCCUCGCGGUUCUGUAAAAAAAUAAAUAUGGCGGACUCCGCGGAAGAGCACUGGCCGAUAACAAAGCAAAUCAAACUCGAGAAGUUUGACCCUACAGAACAUCAACAUAGGAGAUAUAAUCCCUUGAAGGGAGAGUGGAUCCUCGUGUCCCCUCAUCGCAUGAAAAGACCGUGGCAAGGACAGAAAGAGAAAGCAUGUGAACAGGAAGUUCCUAGAUGGGACCAAAAUAACCCUCUGUGCCCUCGCACUGCGCGCGCUAGCGGCAAGGAAAACCCAGACUAUGAGAGCACAUAUGUCUUUGAGAAUGACUUCCCCGCUCUACGACCAGAUGUUGCCGUGGCACAAGAUUACCUCACCCACCCUUUGCUGAGAAGUGAACCUGCACAGGGAACAUGUCGUGUUAUGUGUUUUCAUCCCUGGUCUGAUGUGACUUUGCCUUUGAUGUCCGUCCCUGAAAUCCUGAAAGUCAUCCAGGAAUGGAUCAAGCAGUUUAAUGAACUCAGCAAGACCUACAAAUGGGUCCAGAUAUUCGAGAAUAAAGGAGCUGUAAUGGGCUGUUCCAAUCCUCAUCCCCACUGCCAGAUCUGGUCAAGUUCUUUUCUUCCAAAUGAACCAGCAGCAGAGGAAAGAAUGCAGAAAGACUAUCAAGAGAAACAUGGGGUACCACUCCUUGUGGACUAUGCCAAGUUAGAGUUAGAGCAAAAGGUUAGAAGUGUUGUUAAAAACCAAUACUGGCUAGUGGUUGUACCUUAUUGGGCAACCUGGCCUUAUGAAGUCCUUCUACUUCCAAAACGUCAUGUGCAGCGAAUCUCAGAUCUUUCUUCAGAUGAACAAAUGGGCCUUGCUCAGAUCAUGAAGGUGUUUCUCACAAAGUAUGACAAUUUAUUUCAAUGUUCGUUUCCCUACUCUAUGGGGUGGCAUGGGGCACCAACAGGCAGUGAGUCUGAAGACACUGAUUUCAGCCAUUGGCAACUUCAUGCACACUACUACCCACCUCUCCUCCGAUCAGCAAGUGUAAAGAAGUUUAUGGUUGGAUAUGAAAUGUUGGCUCAGUCACAAAGGGACUUGACAUCAGAGCAGGCUGCAGAAAAGCUAAGGAAUUUACCUGAUGUUCACUACAAGAUGCAAGAUUCAUGAAGGAGUUCACAUAUAUAAGAUGUAGUAGUAUUAGAUGUAAUUUAGAAUUUUAUUGUACAGUAAUAACCUGGCUGUAGCUUGCAUGAGGACAACAACCAGGAUUAUAUUCAAUUAACAAUGAAAUGUACGUGCCUUGAUACCAUUUGCCAUUAUAAUGCUUAUAAUUACAUUUUUAACUUGUGCUAUUGACUAAUGACUUUUUUUCUUUGAUUUUGUUUUCUGUUUCAAAUCUGGAUAGGAUGUUAACUUUAUGAAGUGUGAUACAUUAGUCACCCUAGUGGUCUAUCAUAAAAUGCUGCAUUCUGAUUAGUUUUAUAAAAUUGCCGGAUUUGAUAGACAAAUGACCAGACCAAACAAUGUUUUGGGCUACAAGUAUACAAAUUGACUUGCUAAGAGUGAAUCUCUGAGUCUCUGAGUAAAAAGCUCAUGAAGCAAAAGGCCAGCUCGAGUGUUAGGACCUUUCAUUGUUCCCUUUGAAGUAUAUACUGCUUAUUUUUCCUUUUCAGGUUUCGAAAAAUAAAAUUGCAUAAUACUCUUACUAGCAAAAAAUUGAAUUGACGGAAUUGACUCAGAGACCAUGAGACCUCUAGAAGGAUUGAAAUACAUGGAUUACACCUGGUGCACACUAGUGGCAUUACACAGGCGUGCACACUCAUGUGUUCAUAUGUAUAAGUGUGAAUGGUUUGAAAUAAAUACAUAUAGCCCGA